CUCCUCAUCCUGGAUGGCCAUAAAAGCCAUACAUCACCGGAGUUUAUAGCUUCUUGCUACUUAAACAACAUUUUUCUAUGCUUCCUCCCAGCACACACAUCCCACGGCCUCCAGCCACUAGAUAACAGCAUUUUUGCCUCUCUGAAAGCCGCCUAUCGAAAAGAACUUCAAAAGUUGCAAGAUCUUACGGACUCAGCCCCAGUUAAUAAGAUCAACUUCAUGAGGUGUCUUAUUACAGCUAGAGCAUCAGUUACGCCUAGAGUAGUAAAAGGAGGAUGGAAGCACAGUAGAAACUAUCCAAUCAGCCGCCAGAAAGCCCUUUCUCACGAGAAAAUCCAAGAGGAUAAGCAGAAACGAGAGGCAGAUGAGCUUGAGAAGGAUGAGGAGGAUAAGGCCAUUUCCCACAGCUUUAUUACUGCUAUAGGCUGA